CAAGUUCUUUUCGCAGCAGUUCCUAUUCUGGUUUACCUUGACUGACAAAAAUUAAAAAAAUUGAAUUGAAUUCUGUCAUUUUCAUAUCACUUAAUGUCAGACAGAACCCCUGCAAAAAGAAUCUGAUUCAAAGCACAUUUUCUUAAGGGUAGGUCAGAAAUAAAACCAGUGCUGUCGCCAGGUAUUGUUGAUCUGUUUUCGGUGAACUUGUGCGAAAUUUUUCGGUAAUUUUGGUAGACAUUGAACCAAAAACUUGCCCGUGGUUGAAAAAGAGGAAGGCACCUAUUAAGACCGAGUCAUUGUAUGGACUACUGAGUUCGUAGUAAAGAAAACGGAUGGCACGAGCAUCUUAAACGAAAAACUGUAGAUUUGAAGGCCCGAACGCGAGUUUUUUGAUAAACUGUGAAUCUACAGUUAAAGCUGUAGGGCUGGCAACACUGAAUGCACUUAUCAAGAUCAAGCCACGCGGAGCGGCGAGCGAAUGGCGAAAUGUACCGAUAAAACCGCGCUGGCGACUAGUGGAGCGGCGGGUGAAUGAAACAAAGCGAAGGCAUGAAUCAGUACGACGCAAGCGCAAGCCACGAAGUCGAGCGGCAGUCGCGGCGAAUAGUGCAGUGAGCAGCGACCAAACGAGUCAGGUUUUUUUCGCCACGAAAAAUGGACGCCGAGGCUUUUAUUACUGAAAUACUUGCCAGCCCAGCUAUUUGGAAGUCUGGCCACCCACAGCAUAAACAUAAACAUGUAGUGAAGAGAUUGUGGGAAGAAAUUAAAUUAAAAUUUCCAGAUUCUGAAGUCGAUGACCUCAAAAAGAAAUGGAAGAACCUGAGAGACACAUACAGUAAAGAGUUAAGGAAAAUGCCCAAAUCAUCUUUGAAUUACGAACCAUCCUGGAAAUACUUCACGCUGUUAGGAUUUUUGAAAGAUGAAUACACGCAUUUAACUGCCGAAUCAAACUUAGAUGAAGGAGACAGUGAAAUAAUCGAUAACAAAGACAACGAUGAAAUAUCUGCAAUUUUAAAUGAAGUAAAGUCACCACCAUCUCCUACGCGUACAUCUUCGCCGAUUGAACCUUCUACAUCUAGUACUACAUAUUCAAAAAAAAAGCGACAAAAUGUACGAGAUGUCCGUGCACAGUAUUUAGAGGUUGAGAGAAAAAAACUAAAAAUUUUAGAAAGCUAUAUCUCUAGAAACACACCAGUUGAAAAUGAAAAAAAAUCAGAUGACUACCAUUUUUUAAUGAGUAUUUUGCCUGAAAUGGAAAAACUACCCACUAUACAAAAAAUCAGGUUAAGAAAUAAAAUUAACCGCGCUCUUUUAGACGAAAUAAGUGUCACGAUGUACGGUGAACCUUAUGAGCGAUACUCAACUCAACCAAACCAACUAAAUACUUUUAAUAACGAAUGAGUACCUACAUAAUUAACAUACCAUUUCAAGUGUACCUAAAAGGCUGAUUAAAAAGUUAAGAAAUAAUCUAUUUUAGUUGUACGAAGAAUUAAUGUCAUAUGAAUAACAAAUAAAUAACAUACUCAUUGUAAAGUAUUUUAAUUUCAUGAAAUAUUAGUAUACAGGGUGACGUUUGAUUAGCUAUGAUGAUAGUUCUGAAAAAAAAUAGUUUGCGACCAUAUGUUUUUGGGAAAAGUUGUUCAUAUUGAUUUGUACUAUACUAAGUGACAUAUAAAUCUGAACACCCAGUUUAAAUGGUUUUAUUUUAAUAAAAUUUUGUAUAAGUACUUAAUGAAGCAUAAUAAGUAAAUGAUAAAAAUUUCAAAAUGAUUGCACU